CCAGAAACCGGGUACAAUAACUCUCUCAGCGCUCAGAUAUAGGCGUGACAUUCAAGCUGCAAGAAAGAAAGGAACAAAAGAAGAAAAUUUUUGUUUAGGAGAGAUGGGCCUCAGACACGUCCGACGCCUCGUUUUCAUCAUGAAUUUGCUCUUCUCAUCAGGAAAUUUGGCUAAAGAACCAGAAGAUUCAAGUCGUUACAUAUCUACCGCUAUGCCUCAACACGAUAUUGUCACCCCAAUUCCAACAGUUCCGGCCAUCAAUCCAUCAAACCCAACUGCAAGUACAAGGCCGACAUAUAAUCCAACACCUACAGAUUCGAAUCCUUCAACUCCAAUGAUAACUCCAUCAACAAUGAAUCCAAGCAUGGGGAUGCCCUCAACAUCAUUAGGACUGAGCUGGUGCAUUGCAAGCCAGUCAGCUUCAGAAACUCCACUGCAGGUUGCCCUGGAUUUUGCCUGCGGCUAUGGUGGCGCAGAUUGUUCACAAAUUCAGCCUGGCGGAAGCUGCUUCAACCCAGAUACAGUACGAAAUCACGCAUCCUAUGCAUUCAACGACUACUAUCUAAAGAACCCAAUACCUACAAGCUGUGAUUUUGGGGGAACCGCAAUAAUCACAAAUAUUGAUCCAAGUACUUCAACCUGUCAAUAUCCCUCAACAAGGUAAAUUUUCAAUUUAUAAUCAAACAUCCAUACUCUUGAGAUGAAUAUUUACUUUACUUAUAGGCACUAAUUCAAGAUUUAAAAAAAGAGUCUGUGAUGCCUCCGUACAGUACAAGCUAUUCUGUUCUCAACACAACAAACCCAUCUGGAUCAAUAGUCUUCGGAUCAUCUCCACCAGAUUCCUCUGGCAGGGAUCCCAUGUUAGGAACUUUACAACUAGGCCUCACUUUUUUGGGCAUAAUAAUGUCAGUGAGUUGAUGAUGAGCUACAUGAACUUGGAAAGACUUGUUUGAUGACUAUGGUUCACUCGUGCAACAACAGAUAGUACAAAGAUGGCCAAAGAAAAUGGUCGUCAACAAUGACACAUAGUUACAUAAAUCCAGUACUUCAUCAAUAUACAGUUUCUUAGAAGAAUAUAGCAUUAUUUUCUCCUCCUUUUGGCUACUAGUUUUCUUUUUUAGUGUUAAGCAAUUACGUUAAGAGUCAUUUUGUUCCAGGAUUGAAAACUUGAAGUGAACAUAUUGGGCAUUUUGAGAUAUUUUGAAAUUUUCACAAUAUAAUAUCAUUACGUUUUGAUUCA